AUGGCUUUUAGUUGUUUUCAAUGGAUCGUUGGAGGCUGGAGCCAGCAGCUGACGGCAGGAGACCAGAAGCAUGCUCCAGAGGGAGAAGUUUCUGCGGAGACCUGCGUUGAAUCUUGGAUCUCCACUGAUGCAGCAGGCUGGAGCCAGCAGCUGACGACAGGAGACCAGAAGCAUGCUCCAGAGGGAGAAGUUUCUGCGGAGACCUGCGUUGAAUCUUGGAUCUCCACUGAUGCAGCAGGCUGGAGCCAGCAGCUGACGACAGGAGACCAGAAACAUGCUCCAGAGGUGGAGACUGCAGAGCCGAAAUUGAAGGUGCUUCCCACGUUGAAUCUUCCGGUUCUUGAUGGACCAGGUUACAAAGAAUACCUCAAAGAGAAAUGCAAGGCGGUCGAGCUGCCGGACUAUGUCCCCAUCCUACCGCGGUCCCAGGACGAUGAGAAAUGGCCUUUGGUGACGAAGGUGGAGGUUCUCAAAAAGUGGGAGGGAGAAGUUUCUGCGGAGACCUGCGUUGAAUCUUGGAUCUCCACCGAUGCAGCAGGCUCGAGCCAGCAGCUGACGACAGGAGACCAGAAGCAUGCUCCAGAGGUGGAGACUGCAGAGCCGAAAUCGAAGGUGCUUCCCAUGUUGAAUCUUCCGGUUCUUGAUGGACCAGGCGAAAGCCCAUCAGAGACAAAGACAGCUCCUGAGGGUGACGAUGGUGACGUGAAGGCGGACAAGGCAGACAAGGCGGACAAGGUUACAAAGAAUACCUCAAAGAGAAAUGCAAGGCUACCUCUGAUGGUGCAGGCGGUCGAGCUGCCGGACUAUGUCCCCAUCCUACCGCGGUCCCAGGACGAUGAGAAAUGGCCUUUGGUGACGAAGGUGGAGGUUCUCAAAAAGUGGGAGGCACCCAAACGUCCACCAAAGCCGAUGCCACAAAUUGUCACUGGACGAAGGCAAGACAGGCGUUUCUAUGGGAAAGCUCUGAAACGUGUUCCAUUCGAACUCCCGAACUCCAGAGGGUCCAAGUGGUUUCAGGUGCCGCGUUGGGACCCCCGCCCAGCUGACUACGCCAGUCUCCCGGAAGGGAUGCUUUUGGUGUUCUCACAAGACGGCCGGCGAGCUAUCGGUCAACAACCACCAGACCGAUGCAAUGCGAUACCGGCGAUACCCUUAGUCUAUCGAGUCCAUCAUCCCAUUGCGGCACAGAGCUCAUGGCAGGUCCAAAUCUCCCAGCCACCAGGCCUGCGGAUGGUUGCGGUGCCCGCUGUGCCCGCCUAGCGUAGCGGCAUCGUACCGGCUAGCGGCGCAAUUUGCAACGCCGGUGCGUAAUGUUCUAGCUCUUUGGAGAUCUUUGGAGAUCUUUAGCUCUUUGGCUACUGGCAAAGUACCAGUAGUUGGCUGCAACAGGGUAUUGAUUUGAGGUUACCAGAACAUGCG